CCGAUCUCAGAAAGCUUUUCACUCAUUUUGUUCUCAUAAUUUUUCUUCUGAAACUCAUUUUUGUUUUCUUGGUAUAUCUAUGAAUGACGGUUUGAGAUGAUAUGUCGAGUUUGGAGUUUGAUUACCCUAACUCUUUUUCGUUUUUAUUCUCCUUGUUCUUAUCACAGAUGAUAAUGGGGUGAUGUAAUCCCAAAAUAUAUAACAUGGAUUAAGUACCAAUAGAAAAGAAGAGAAAAUUCCUGGGAAGGCAAGGAAUUUGCGAUUUAGGUUGGCACUUUACAUCCAGAGAUGGCUGCACGUUUUGCUUCCAGAUUGUCUCAUGUGGGCCGAUCAGUGUUUGGGGGGCUUGGCAACAUCUCUUCUGGUUCACUGAGAACAUCACUUGAUAGCACAUGGAACAAUUUCUUGUCUCAGCAGCAGCAAAGGACUUUCAUACAGAUGAGGACCGUUCUCAAAGUUGUGGACAACUCGGGGGCAAAAAAGGUGAUGUGCAUACAAGCUUUGAAGGGGAAGAAAGGAGCAAGACUGGGCGAUACAAUAGUUGCAUCAGUGAAGGAAGCUCACCCUAAUGGAAAAGUGAAGAAAGGAGAAGUUGUAUAUGGUGUGGUUGUGCGUGCUGCCAUGCAACGUGGCAGAUGCGAUGGUAGUGAGGUCAAGUUUGAUGACAAUGCUGUUGUACUUCUUGAUAAGCAAGGCCAGCCAAGAGGGACUAGAGUAUUUGGGCCAGUACCCCAUGAACUAAGGAAGAAAAAGCACCUUAAGAUUCUAACCCUCGCAGAGCAUAUUGCUUAAUGUCAGGAUCUCACCCAGGGAUUAUGAAUUUUCUGUUUUUUUGUUGUUUAAAUGUUUUAGAUUUUGUUGUUUAAGAGGAGGAAUUUUGCCCAUAGUCUCUUGGAAGCUGAAUUUGAUCAUGGUCAUUGUUGGAAUACUGGCAUGUGAUGCCCUUCUCUACACAUUCAGGAUUGUAUCCACUUAAUAAUUUUGCUUAUGAUUCAUAUUUCUGAUACUUCAA